UUUUUUUCUUCCUUUUUGAAACUUUUUACUUUUUUGUGAUUUUGUGAACUCAAAAUUCUUUCAAAAUUCAAAACUUCGAGCUUAUUCUAUCGCGAUGAAGAAGAAAACCGGAAGUACAGAGGUGAAAGCUCGAUGUCCCGAUUCGGAUCUGAUGUUACUCGUUAUGAAAGAAUUGACAAAUUUAAACCACGAAUCAGGAGAUAAUAAGCUAAAAAAUCUGGAAAUAUUGACCUUAUCACAUCCUCGUGAAAGAAGAAAAUCUUUAUACAUUCUGAACCCGAACGAUAACAGUGUCCAAGAGAUACUAAAGUUCUCUCCACCUUACAGAUCUUGGUUUAUAGGAAAUACGAUAGAAUCUGAUGGAAAAAUAUACCUGUCGUCUAAUAUCGAUCCUUUAUUCUUAAUACUUCCGUAUGUUUUCGAGGCUAAAAUGAGUUCAACUUUCGAUCAAAUAAUCAACGACGAUGAUUUCUCAGACGCUAUAAAACUAGAAUCUAUCAUCGCUGAAGAACAAUUAUCGAUGAUCGCUGAUCAAAAAAAAUGUGGAGAUUUAACAGUAUGGAAAUAUAACGAAGAAAAAACAAUGCAAUGGUUAGAGAAAAAAGUGAACAAAGUUUCCGACGUCUUGGAACGAAAAGGAAUCCACGUUGGGACCGCUUCAGCUGCAUCGAACACUUAUGUAAUAAGUAUGAAUAAAAAAGAAUCACAUGAGAAUUAUGUCAGAUAUGCUCACGGUAUCGUUUCGGAUUAUUUGAAAUCUGAAGUAAGCGAAAAAUUACUGCAGCAUUUGGGUCUACCGCCUUUAGAAGUGAAUUCGAAGAAGAGAAAGAAUACUGAUUUGGAUCCGGAGGAGAUUAAAAAACUCAAGAAACAGUGUGCUGAGAAAGAGACCACUUCGAAGUAUUUUAACGAAGAUGUUAAGCCAGAAAAAAAUCCUAGGAAAAACGUCAAAAAAGCUCAGUUGGCAAAAGCUGCUACUGGAACGAAAAGCAUAUCGUCAUUUUUUAAGAAAAAGUGACCAUGGUUUGCUCAACUUGAUCAAUGUAAAAAUUGUUAAACAAAAUUAAAUAUUGUGUAAGUAUGUUUUAAUGUGAAUAAUACGUUUAAAUUACCGUUAUAAUUACGAAAUUUUAAAGAACUGAAUAUAAUUAUGAAUUUGUUUUAUUUUUA